UUAUCACAUCCAUAACGAUCAUGCAAUUUGGAUUGCUUGUUUGGUCUUUAUUUGCUUUUUGGAAGGUUCGUAUGAGGCGCCACCGAAAAAUUAUGUUACAAAGCUAGAUCAUGGAUAUUAUAUGACACUUAAUCAUGAACCGAAUGUUUAUGCCUUAAAUAAUUUAUCGUUUAAAAAUAAAAACAAUGUUUAUGUAAAUCCGUUACAGGAGGAGCAGCUAAAUAAAAUUCUUAACUAUAAGAAACCUAUCAUGAAAAUUUAUAGCCUCAACCCUAAUUGUUCUUCUAAUUUUAUAAGCUAUCGAAUCUAUCGCCAACGGGGUAAAAAUGAGGAUGCUGUAAAAUAUGUAAAAUCCUUUACCCUUCACCACAAUAUAUUAUAUUUUAUUGAACCUGUUAUUUUUUAUGACUUAUUCCAGAACUAUGCUCAAACGAUAGAAAACAUCUUCUAUCCUAAUUCUAUCAAAUACCAAAAUUUCUUAAUUAUCCUCAAAGCAGGUUCGUCGAUCAAGGCAAUUAGGCAAAAUCGGUUUACAAAUUUAGAAUCAAAACCUUUCUAUUUAGUAUUCGGUGAUCUUGAUUAUUUUACGAAUAACUCACAGAACCAACUUUUAUUCCAUACAAUGCUUCACUUAAAUAUAGUAACAACGGAGAAUUUCUUUAAGCAGGAGAAAAUUGAAAUAGAUCUUAUAGGUAAAUUUCUAUCAAAAAUUUGCAAUAUAUUCGUUAAUAAAACGUGUCAGCAAACUCCUGAUUGUCCCACAGGGCUAAGUGAUGGUCCUCACGGGGGCAGAAAUAUGCAUCAUAAUGAAUCAAUCAACUAUACAAAUCAAUCGAUCAUUCUUUCGAGUCCGGAUAAAUAUUCUGUCAAGUAUUUUGAUAUGUCUCACUAUAUUCGUCAGGCAAUCAGUGAUUAUGGUGAUUCCUCCUUUUAUGUCGAAAACCUGAAUUAUAAAAUCACAGAUGCAAAGAACGAUUCGAAAAAGCUCAAACUUCAUAAACGAAGCAUUUUUUCAACAUAUUUCGAGAGCCAUCUAAGGAGAAAGGAUUAUAUUCGUUUCGGUGGGAUAAAUGUUGUCAAAUAUAAAACUCCCAGGCAUAUUACUCACUUACAUUAUACCUUUCAAUGCUAA